UUCGCCUUCGCCACCUGCGGCAGCUCCUGGGGCUCCUUCCAGCUGAGCGUGGAAUGCGCCGCGCGCAACGAGAGCGACCUGGACAUCGCCGUGGACUUCGGCUACCCCUUCAGGCUGCACCAGGUGUAUUUUGAGGUGCCCACGUGCCAGGGCACGGGCCAGGAGAAGGUUUUCCUGGUGGGCGACUACUCGUCGGCCGCCGAGUUCUUCGUCACCGUGGCCGUCUUCGCCUUCCUCUACGCGCUGGGCGCGCUGGGCGUCUACCUCUUCAUGGACACCAAGUACCGGGAGAACAACAAGGGGCCUGUCAUC